AUGAGAGCCAAAAAGCAGAGACAGCCUUUACAGAAAGCGACUGUGAUCAAAACGGCUCAAGUUAAGCCAAAAGAUUCACUUGGGUCCUUGGAUAGAGGCGUCCUUAUCAAAAUACAGAAAUGCCAAAGUCGAGCUCGCCAUAAGAGUACCACCGAAUCAGAAGCCAAAGCCGCCCUUUUCGUUGCCCAGAAGCUAAUGGCCCAAUAUAAUGUUUCCCAAGCGGAUCUAGUGGCCAACAGUGAUGAUGGAAGCAAAGCCCAAUAUGGAGGAAUGAGCAAGGUGGAAAUAAUCAACGUUAAGAACCGUACCAGACGUGUGAUUAAGGAAGCAUUUGUGCACAAGUUGGCAAAGGCUAUGUCGGCAAUAGCGUUCGAAACGGCGCACAAUAAGAUCCUGGACUGGGCAUGCUCCUAUAAGGGCGGUUCGGCCACGUUCAGCUACCGCGUCGGAGUCGCUGAUGGGCUCGUCUCCAUGGCCAACCGUGAGAAGAAAAUCGAACUCGAGGCGGCAAGAAAGAAAGAAUUAGAUAUAAUAGCCGCCAAGGAACGGGAAGCGGGCAUGGAACACGAGCGCAAACUUCAGAGGCUCCAUAAAGGACCUUCACUGGUGUUAGACAUUGAUGGCCAGUCAGAGGACGAAAUACCUGGCUUCCUAGACAUAGACAGCAUGUCCGACGAGUCUUACGGCUCUCUAGAGUCGAUAGGCAAUCUCAAUCUUAAUACUAGAGCAGCACUGGUCGACUUUAAUGAAAAUGAUGAGAAUGUGGUCGAUCUCAUGUGCAGCGUGGAAGACAACAUUGACAAAAUUAUCAAGCGGGAGGCGCACAAAACCCAUGAUUUUAACAGCAUCCCUUCCCCUUCGGUGAAGCAAAACCCUUCAGAUAAAAAUUUCUCGUUUGUUAAAAGCGAGGAUAUGUCAAACUCGCCGUGGAUGUCCGAAACGCAGCUAGUACGUUUUCGCGCCACAUCGGUGCAGGUUGCAGACGAAUACCUCAAGAAGCACAAUAUCAAGCUGCGUAUGGGAAAGGCACGCACAGUGGUCACCCGUGAUUAUUCUGCUUAUACAGAAGGGUGGAAAGAUAGUGAAAAGAUUGAUUUCCGUCAGCGCAGGUUGGAAUAA